GGGUGAUAGGACCGACGAUUUAGGUUGCAUUUCCGUGUCCUAUGGCCGGAUGGAUGUCCUACCUCCCUGCGAUCCCUUCAGCCUUCGGCCCUGGAAUACCGCGUGCUUGUCCGACCUCGCCACCAGCAUCAAUGGCGAGGACGAAGCCCCACUGCAGGAAGUGGCCCUGCGGCGGUUAAAGCGCCCACUGAGCCCAGCCUCUUUUCUGGCGCGGAAGGUGGCGCAGGAAGCCUGUUGCAACUACCCACCGGUCUUCAAUGCCAUGCGCUGGCACCGAUCCCCUCGGUCCCCGCGUGAUGGCCGAGGCCGGCGGCGCUGUUCUGGUGCAUCGCGGACGACGGGUUACAGCCCUGAGAGGUCGACGGCUGCAGCUAGCCCACGGAGCAAGAUGCACAACCACACUUGGCCAUUGCACGAAUCGAAGACAUCGUGGCUGCCUCGCCAUUUCGAAGGUAUCCAUCGGGAAGGCAGCGGAUCGCCAAGGUCCAACCAGGCCCUCCAAUCUUCGGAACUGCUCUCGCCAGCGGUUCUUCGAGGGCGCUUGAACAGCUACAAGAUGAAGACCUCAAGCUCUGCGCCUUCGCUGGCUGCCAAAGCUUCGCCCCGCCGCGGCACCCGGACGCUGAUGUCACUGGUAGCAGAUGGCAGGCAAUCAAGCAGCAAGAAGGAGCAUGAUCGCGUGACCAAGUGUCUACAAGGCAUCGUGCGGCGCACAGCGGUGGCUCAGAAGGUUGCCAUGGCUUUCUCGGAAGCAGCUGGAAGAGCUCGCGAUGCAGGAGCACCGGAGAUGGAUGAGCCAGGCACACCGUGA